CAUUAAAGUUAAACCAACAACUUGCCAUUGGUUUUUUCUACAUCCAAAGUUUUUUGCUUUCAAAUUCUCAAACCUGUGUUUGUCAUCAUUUCCACUCUUUCUUCUUCACUUUUCACCUUUUCUUCUAUUCUCUCAAUUAAGGAAAGCAAACCUGCAAACUUUCUUUUGAGGAAUUGCUAUAUAUUUUCAUCUUUCUGAAUACCACACUUUCUUCUUACCUUGAUUUCCACUUCGCAAAAGAAACAGCGCAGAAGAUAGUUCAGUGAAGACUAUCAACAAAAAUGGCCGAAUCUGUUGCCUCUACUGCUGUCGAAAACGUGACAAACCAGGCAAUGACUUACGCAUCACCCUAUCUCCGUUACUUUUUCUGUUAUGGAGAGAUUGUUCAAGAUUUCACCAAUCAACGAAACGCUCUUAAAUUGAGGAAACAGAGGGUGGACACUCGUGUCGAUAAGGCUAAAAAGCAAAUUGAGGUCAUCUAUGAGGACGUUGAGGACUGGCUUAGAAGGGCUGAGCAAGAACUGGAAGAAAGCCAGAACUUGCAAGAUGAAACAGAUCGCGUCAAGUGUUUCAAAUGGUGUCCUAAAUGGGGCUGGCGAUAUUGCUUGAGUAAGAAACUGGCAGAGAAGACUCCUAUAAUCUCUAAACUUUUAGAAACUUCUAACUUUGCACAGGUGGGCUAUAGUCGUUCUCUUCAAGGAAUAGAGUUCAUCACAUCCACGGGUUUCAUGGACUCUAAAUCUUCAAAAUCAGCUUUGAACCAGAUCAUGGAAGCUAUAAAUGCUGUCAACAUGAUCGGACUGCACGGAAUGCCAGGAGUUGGUAAAACAACUUUAGCCAAAGAAGUUGGGAAGCACGUUCGAGAAAAAAAGCUCUUUGAUAAAGUUGUGAUGUGUACCAUGUCCCAAAAUCCGAACAUCAGAACAAUUCAAGAUAAAGUUGCAGAGAUGUUUGGUUUAAACUUUCAAACAAAUACGGAAGAAGGACGAGCAGAAGAGCUAUUCAGGAGUAUGCAACGCGUGAACAAAAUCCUCGUAAUUGUCGACGACCUCUGGGAAGAAUUCAAAUUGGAGAGUAUCGGAAUUCCAUACGGUGAUGAACACAAGGGUUGUAAAAUUCUUCUGACUACACGUCAUCAACAAGUCUGCAGUAAAAUGAGGUGUCAGAAGGAAAUUCAACUUGGCAUCUUAUCCAAAAACGAAGCAUGGGUUUUAUUUCGAGAUAAAGCUGGUUUAGAAGAUGACUCUUCCACCUUGAAUGAUGUAGCCAAAGAGGUUGCUGGUGAAUGUAAGGGAUUGCCUCUUGCAAUUGUUACGGUGGCAAAAGCUCUAAAAGGUGAGAGUUUAGAUGGGUGGAGAGCCGCAAAUCAGAGAUUCAAGGACUCAAGGCAUUUGGAUAAUGAAGAAGUUCUCGGAGGUGUCCUCAGGCCUCUUAAGCUUAGCUACGAAUAUUUGAAGAAAGGCAACAACCAAAUGACGGGAAAUGACAUCCAGAUGUGUUUCUUACUGUGUUCCCUUUUUCCUGAAGAUACUGAAAUCCCUCUUGAGUUAUUGAUUAUGUGUGGAAUUGGAGUGGGAUUGUUCCCUAAUGCUUCCUCUAUUGAAGAUAAAAGGAAUGAAAUUGGGGUAGCACUAAAAAAACUCCAAAAAUCUAGCUUGUUAUUGGAAACUGAUGGUGCAGAAAGGAUAAGAAUGCAUGAUGUGGUUCGAGAUUUUGCUCAUUGGCUAACAUCAAUCGGAGAAAAUAGGUUCAUGAUAAAAGAUAAGUUGAAAGAAUGGCCUGAUAUGGUUGAAAGUUUUGAAUGUUAUACUGCAAUCGCUUUAUGGAAUUGUAGUAUUGACAUAAAAAAUUUUCCAGUCAAAGUGGAAUUUUCAAAGCUCAAGACUUUGUUUCUUCAGGGGGAUGAGUGGGGUGAUUUCCUAGUGGUUCCCAGUACAUUUUUUGAAGAAAUGAAAGUCCUCCAAGUUCUAUAUCUCAGAUAUGUCCGUUGUUUAUUGAAAGGAUUCUUUUCCUUACCAAAACUAAAAACUUUGUGGUGUGAGUUUUGCGAGCUGGAAAACUUCUCAUCAUCACCGACGAAUAUGAGAAGCCUUGAGAUUCUUGCAUUGAUUUGGACUGAGAUUGAUGAGAUAAGUGAAGAAUUAGUGAAAUUGUCUACACUGAAAUAUUUACGUCAUUCUUCUGUUGUUGGAAAUAUUCCCCCCAAGUUGGUAUCAAGGUAAGAGUGCAACAGAUUUAAUAAUCUUUUUUUUUUAUCAUAUUCGUAUUUUGUUCGACAUCAUUUAUUUUCCGCUUAAUUAUUUUUAGGGUAAACUAUAAAAAUAGUCACUUUUGUUUGCCUCAAGUUACAUUUUAGACACUUAUGUUUGAAAUGUUACGUUUCAGUCACUUAUGUUAUUAUUUUGUUACGAA